UUACAUGUUGUGAAGGAACCUGGUGACAUUGAAGCUGAGUUUGCAAAGGUUGGUUUUAAACAAGUGCUGAAGAAGUUCCUAACAUUUCGCGAUCCAGCCCCCUUUUUCUUUCCUAAAACCACCGAUAAUUUCAUUGACUCGUACCACACCCCGAUUGCCUUACCCCACUGGUUGUCCGAGGAAGAUCUCGACUAUUAUGUUUCCAAUUACGAGAAAACUGGAUUCACUGGAGGCAUAAACUACUAUCGUGCUUUCAAGUUAGAUUGGGAACUGUUGGCGCCAUGGGAAGGUGCUAAAGUGAAUGUGCCGGUGAAAUUUGUGGUUGGGGACCUUGAUCUGGUCUAUCACAUACCACUAGUGAAGGAGUAUGUACACGGUGGUGGGUUCAAGAAAGACGUGCCAUUGUUGGACGAUGAGAUUGUGGUGAUGGAGGAUGUUGCCCAUUUUAUAAACCAAGAGAAACCUCAAGAUGUCAAUUACCACAUCCACAACUUCAUUAAAAGAACCUACGAAGCUCCAAAGGAAAGAAAUUCAUGCAACCUGUCGGCCAUACAACUAAAGAAAUGGCUCAAGAGAGGAGAACAGACCUUUGUUGCAACAUUGGUGGAACUAAAGCCCGAAGUAUACCAAGAUAUUCCAGACAAGGUGGCCGAACUGAUGGAGAGAUAUAAAGACAUCAUGUCGCCGGAAUUACCUAAAGUGUUGCCCCCUAAGAGGCACACGGAUCACAAAAUCGAGUUGGAACCGGGUGCAUUGGUGCUUUCCAAGGCUCCCUAUCGAAUGGGACCCUCAAAACUGGUGGAACUACGGAGACAGCUAAAUGAACUAUUGGAUGGCGGUCUUAUCCGAUAG